UCCACUAGUACUGAGAUCACAAGGAGCCGUUCCUACCCUCGAAGGAGUGCCUGGGAGACUAUCACACUGUGGAGUCCAGAAGGUGUGGUGGUGGAUGGCUCAGAGAGCAGCUCAGUCAGAGUGUCCUGGGAGGCAGUGGAGGAUGCUGACUACUACACAGUCUCAUUCAGUGCAGCAGUGGGAGAUGAUCAGGAGGGACUGUGCAGAGAUGAUUCUCAUUCUGCUAGUGUGACAGUAGUUGAUGUUCCCACUGCCAGUAUUACUGUGGGUGAAGAUGUAGGAUCAAAUGACACCUCCUCGUUGAGAGCAUACACCACAUACUCAGUCACUGUGGUAGCAUUCAGUGACAAGUGGGGCAAAACUGUGGGGAGUGAAAGCUACCAGAUUCACUACAUCUCAGCAAAGAGCUGCAGUUGCCCCUAGCAAUGUUUCAGCUACUGCUAUGAGUUCCACUGCCAUCUCUGUUGAGUGGGAAGGCCUUACACAGUGUGAACUUGUCAAUGGCCUCAUUGUCAAGUACAGAGUAGUGUUCAGAGCUGAAACUGGAGGAGUACAGAGCACAGAGCAGUCUGGAACAUGGGAUUCAUCCUCAAAUGUCUCACUGUCUGGACUGACCCCUUCUACCAACUAUUUUAUCCAAGUCGCUGCAGUGAAUGAAGAGGGAGAUGUUGGCCAGUAUAGUGACACUAUUUCUGUGAGAACGAGGCUUUUAUGCAGUGACUAUAGCUGGCAAUGUGUAGCUGCCGCAGUACCAGUUGGUGCUUUCCUGGUGGUAAUAGUCAUUACUAUCGUUCUACUUACAGUCUUCCGCUACAAAAACAAAUGCAAGAGAAAUUCUAAAAAGCAUACUUCUGUUGAUUAUGAGGUCAUUCCUCUGGAUAAUCUAUCAGAGCAUGACGGAAAUGGGCCUCGAAUAUUACAAUUCCCUGCAAACAUUGUCCGAGUGGUCGAGGGAGAGAGAGUUGAGUUCACAGUCAAAGUGACGGGGAGCCCCGAGCCGAAACUGACGUGGUACCACGAGGGAGAGGAGGUGAUGACCAACUACUCCACUGACGUGGGACUGGACGGAUGUCUCUCCAUCCCCUGCACCGAGUCCAGCCACACCGGACUCUACCAGCUGGUGGCCGUCAACCCAGCCGGACGGGCAGAGAGACAAGUCACGCUGUUUGUGAGGAAAGAGGAGCAGCCGACUCAGGAGACAACCGAAAACAACCAAGUCCUUCUCUCUCCCGUACCGGUGUUGGAUUUUGAGGAGUAUGUAGCCAGUGGCCAUGCCAACGACAAUGCUAUCUUCCAAGAACAGUUUAACGUGGUAGAUGAAGAUCCUGAUCAUCCUAUGACAAUUGGCACUGACCCUGACUCAAUACUACUGAACAGAUUUGCCAAUAUCACAGUGUAUGAUGACAACAGGAUAGUUCUCAUGCCUAUUGAUGGAAACCCAGACUGUCAGAGAGACUAUAUCAAUGCCUGCUACAUUGACGGAUACAAACACAGGAAAAAAUUUAUUGCCACCCAAGGGCCGUUGGUUAACACAGUGGUGGACUUCUGGCGACUGGUGUGGCAGGAGAGACCGCCCACCAUUGUGAUGCUCACAGACGUGAAGGAGAAGAAGAAGGUCAAGUGCUACAAGUACUGGCCCGACUCUGGGACACGGUCGUUUGGUCCGUUCAGAGUCACCAUCACUGAGCAACAGAGACUGGUGGACUACACCACUAGAAACCUUCUCCUGGAGUUGAAGGGGAGGUCAGAGAGAGCCCUGAAUGUGACCCAACUCCACUACAUGGCCUGGCCUGAACACGGAGUACCCACAGAGCCCACCUCUCUACUGGCCUUCCACAGGAGACUCAAGAAACUACACCAGUUCCCCAAGAGACCCAUACUGGUCCACUGCAGUGCUGGAGUGGGGAGGACGGGGACACUCAUCACCAUAGACUGUGUCCUGGAGCAGCUCCUGAAGGAGAGACUGGUGGACGUGGCUGGGACAAUCAAACUCCUCCGCACUCAGAGAAUGAAGAUGGUCCAGAACCUAGAGCAGUUCAUCUUCAUCCACGACGCCAUCCUGGAGGAGCUAGUGUGUGGAGAGACUCAGAUCGAUGCCAGUGGCUUCACAGCUGCCAUGGACGACCUGAGCCAACAGCACAUACUCACCAACACCACCGGAUUCGAGAAACAGUUUAAGGUUAUCCCUCUAACACAAACUGUUGUGGAGACAAAGCAAACUGCCAGUGUGUACAGUACUCGUGUCUGUAAACCUGUGCUUGCUAUAUCAACCUAACAAUGUCUAGCUAUGUGUUAGCUUGCACAGUUUUUGUGCAAGCAUGUGGUUAGUGUGUGUGUUUUUGUGCACCUAACUUUGAUUACUUAGACUGUUUCUUUGCCACUGCAGGCACUGAGUAAGCUGUCUCCCAAGCCACAGAACAAACCACGGAAAUCAAAUUGGCGAAAAAACAGAAACUCUGUUUUCUUACAAAGUCUUGAUGGUCGGGCUACAGAGUUGGAAAAUGAAGUUGUUUUUGUAAAUGGUUACAAGCAGAAGAAGGCAUUCAUUGUUGCCCAGAGCCCCAGUCACUCUUCCGCCAGAGACUUCUGGAAGAUGGUGUAUGACAUGAAGUGUGGGGUGAUUGUCAAUCUCAACACAUUGGAGGAGAUCACAGAGGAAGUCUUCCACCAGUACUGGCCUGAUGAGUCGGGAGUGAUGAAAGUGGGAGAGUUUCUGGUGGACUCGCUGCAGGUUGAACAACUGCCCAGCUUUUGUAUCCGUUCCUUUAGUGUUUUCCCGGAAAAGUCAGGGAAGGCCCUCCAAGUAUUCCAGAUCCACAUCACCUGCUGGACUCCGGAUGGACAGUGCUCCAACCUCAAAUCCAUCGUCGACACCAUCUCUGAGAUGACCAAGUUCCAGAGAAGGUCCAGUGGAGGACCGGUGGUGGUCCACUGCAGUGACACAGUGGGUAGGUCAGGGAUGUUCUGUGCCAUAGUCACCCACCAUUGAGAGGU